AAUGAUUUUUUUUUUUUAAAUGGUCUUUUAGAAUGUGUGGAUAAAUGUUUUCUAACUUUCGUAACAUCUAAUUAUUGAUUUACCAGUGUUUUUUUUUUUUCACUAAGGCUCGUCUCAAGUCUCGGUCUCACGCCAUUGUUGCUUUUUUUUUCGUUUUGUUUGUCAUAACUUUUUCCAACGGCUGUUUAUAAAAUUUAAACUCAAUUUCUCCCUUGCAUUUGUUGCAAUGUCACAAAUAUUUUCAUCACUUCGGAGCGCAUCCCGAGAUUACUCGUAUGCGUAUCCACUUCAUAUCAGAUUUUAUAGCUCAUAUCUUUCAAAUCAAAAAUAUUUGGGCGAUUGUACUGUUUCAGAUCACGAACCCAUUCAACUGCUUGCUUAAUUUUAAUAUUUUAUGUUAAGAGAUACAAUUGGACACGCUAUACAGCAACAAUUUCUUCCGGAAACAAUGUUCCUCAAAGUUUUGUACACGGCGUUAUCAAAACAAAAUAUGUUUCGGUAAUUCUACAGCUUUGCAGUACAAACACAACCAAUUUAUUUCUUUAUUCUAUUUUAAAAUACAACCAGAUACGCAGUAGGAAACAAUUACCCUCUAAGGGCCGGUUUCACCAGUCGAGUUGAAAAUCCCGAUGAUGUUAUCGAGAUAAAAAGUUAAUCUUCCAUUUCUAUCUCGAUAAAGUUAUAUGUGUUUCACCACAUAUUAUCUUUCUCUGAGAAAAUCGAGAUAAGUUUAACUCGAUCUUCUGAAAUUAUCGCGAUUUUCUGUUUGUAAACACCUUUCGUUAUCAAAGUUUGGCUAGAAAUUUCGUAGGCUAUUAUGGCGAGCCAAGGCUGUAAUUUGUCAAAGAAGCAGAGAAAUAAAAAUACAUCGCAGCAGGAGAAAUACAUUCUUUUAGAUUUAGUAACUGAACAUUUCAAUAUCAUUGAAAAUAAAAAAACAGAUGGUGUUUCACAGCAACAAAAAAUGAAGCAGUGGCAAAUACUUGCAGAUACUUUCAAUUGUAUGUCUGGAGAACAUCACAGGACUGCAGAAAAUUUAAAAGCGGUGUGGGAGAAUCUCAAAAAGCACACGCGAAAGACUUCUGCUGAUCAACGAGUUCAAGUAUUAACUGGAACAGGUGGAGGUCCUUCAAAAACAGUUAGUAAGGAUCCCAUUUGUGAGAGAGUGCAGAGCCUAAUCAAACCGACUAUCGAUGGUGCCAAGAAUCCCUUCGAUUCAGAUUCAGAUGCAAUAAUAUUACCAUUUGAUGCAUCAAAUAGGCCUACUGAUGAGGAUGACAGCAUUCAACUGGAUGUCGGAGCAGAAGUGGAUGUUUCUUUCGUGGAGACGGCAGAGACAGUAACUCUUCCAAAUGGCGACUGGACGCAUUAUACUCCAGCCAUGCUCAGCAGUCCUGUGUGUUCUGCCCUUCGACACUCCAAUAACAACUCGGCUAUCACAAACACAGUGCAGACCAAUACUACUGAUUCAUGCAGUGCAAGUAGUGGGAAGGCAAUGCCUCCUAGCAGUAGGGGAAAUGCUUCAGUGCAAUCUCCCUUUACUAGCAAGCGGCGACCAACCCCGGCCACCAAAGUGAAAGAAGUAAGUGCUGUCAAUGCAGCAAAAAUCGAACUAAUUGAACUUGCAAAAAAACAUGCAAUCGAGGAAAAAGAAGUUAUGAAAGAAAUCUGGGAACUGCGGUUACAACAAGAACGAGAAAAAGUAAAGCAGGAAAAGCUGCAAACUGAACUUUUAUCUUUACAAAUCUUGAAAAUAAAGAAAGAACUAGAACAUUUGCAGUAAUUUAAUUGUUCUUAUGUAUUAAACAUUUGCUCAACUAUCAUGACAUAAUUGUUAUAUAUUACAUGUAUAUUUACAAAGUGAUAUUCAUUGUGCCUAUUAACAAACAGUUUCAAGUACAAAUGUUAAGAAUUAUAUAAAAGAUAAUACAUGUUCGCUUAUGUCACAUUAUUUUGUAUGAUCUAAGCAGUUUUACAAUGCAAAUGUAUUAAAAUAUUCCAUACAUCUUGCUAUAUGUAGUUAUUUUCACCAGCAAAUCUUCAAGUUGAUGGCAUCUCUGUGUGACAUAUAGAUCAGUAUGACCUACAACAAACUGAAAAUACACAGAGUGAUAAAUAAUCGUAUCUUAAAUAAGUAUUACAACACACACACACAUAUAUAGGUAUUUAAUUAUAGGUAUAUGUAAAUUUCAUUUACCUCCUGAAAUAGUUUUCAAUCAGUAAAUGCCUGACACUGUCAUAUCUGGGCCUUCUGUUUGCAUUUUCGUUGUUCUGCUGUACAUUUCCUUCCUCAAGCAACUGUUGCCAAGGGAGGUGGAGAUUGAGGUUAGGGUCGUCUGGAGGGAGUUCUUCCCCAGUUUGUCGCAGGAUAUUAUGCAGCACCCCAGUCGCUACAAUGAUGGCAAACGAAUGUUCUAAUGACACUCUCAAUCCUAAAGAUAAGACUGGGAAACGUCGCUUCCAGCAACCGAAUGUUCGCUCUACAGGAUUUCUUGACCUAAUUUGCGACUCAUUAAAUAGGUGUUCCUGUGGACUUCUGGGAUUAUCUAAUGGAGGCAUUAGAUAUGACCUACAAGCAUAGCCCGCAUCAACAAGUAGUACAGAAUCACCAUACUCCCCUCUCUCAAAACAUGCCCUUCUGUUGCUAUUGUUGAAUAUGGUACUAUCAUGUGAGGAACCAGGCCAUCGUGCAACAAUAUCUGUAAUUUCCAAUUUUGUAUUACAAAUUACUUGCACAUUCACAGAGAAGUAACCUUUUCUGUUACGGUAGAAUUCUGCAUUGUUUCCACCUGCAACAAACAUAAAACAAGCUUGUAUGUGGAUUGCAAUGUUUAAUAAAAAGGUAGCAUAAAAUCAGUGUUUAAACCAACCUGGUGACUGGAUUUUUACAUGAGUGCAAUCCAUAGCACCAAUAGCCCUGGGAAAUUUAGCAAUUGCAUAGAAAUCCCUUUGUGCUAAAUUCAGUUCUUCCAUCGUCUCUGGGAAUUUAAUGAACUGCGGUCGAAGAGAUGCAAUUGCGGAGCUAACCCUAUGUAUUAUUCGGUGAGCUGUGGGUUUACUAAAGCCAGCAUAAUCCCCAAUGGUUAGCUGGUUACAGCCUGUAGCAUAAAAUCGAAGUGUAGCCAGCAGUUGGUUCAUUGGCGACACUGACAUAUUCCUGUGAAAGACGAAAAAAGUAUGUUGAAGGUUGUAAUGUAAUGUUCGUAUAAAUGAGUUUUAUUUUACUUGUCUAUGAUUUCAUAUACAUAUUUAUUAUUCUACAGAAACAAUUAACAUUAGGAAAUAAUAUUAAUAUAAACUUACUUUUCGGGAAACUGUAGUUGAUUUUCUAUAAGUUCCAAAACAAACAUAGUCGACUGUUUUGAAAGGCGAAAAUGUAUUUUAAAGUCUUCUUCAUCAUACAUUUCAAAAUAAUCGCUUCUAUCUCGCAUCCAUCGUGGCCGACGAACAAUGGCAUCUUCUUCAUCACUUUCAUCUUCAAAAAUCAAAUUGUACAUGCCUCGAGCCAUUACAAUUUUUAAAAUCUCCUCUCGUCACUUCGUUUUACAAUAUUAUCUCGAUAAUAAGACUUUAACCACGAAAAUCGGUGGUUAAAAUAUUUUAUCUCGAUAACACUAAAAGAUCGAGAUAUUCGGAGUGGUGAAACGGGAUAUUCGGUUAAUCUGGAUAAUUCAUUACUUUAUCGAGAUAAUUUCGCUUGGUGAAACCGGCCCUAAAAGAUACUCGAAUAUCCGUCGCCUCACUCGGAAUUGCACAGUGUGAAGAAGUUUCGGUCAUGCGGGAGAAACUCUAAUUGUCCAGACUGAGACCUAGUUCUUUUUCAAGUAUUUUCGGGCCUACCCUCUAGAUAGUAGCUUUCAUAAUAAUUGACAACAUAGCUAUAUUGACUGAGCUGUCAUCAGGCAAUCAAACAAACCAGUAAAAAAAAAAAAUUCACUUUUCUUUGGUAGCCACAUGUUUUGUGGCGUGGCAUACAAGAAAUUUGGCAUCUCCUACUAAUUUAUAUAGAACAUGCUUAUUUUUUUUUAAAUUACAAAACAGCAUUAAGUUAUUUCUCGCACAGUUUAAAUUUCAGUUAACAAGAAACUAGUCGUAAAGUAGUUAAAUUAACAUUAUAAACUUAAUACUUUGGAUUUGAACUGCCCAGCCGAGUAAUUUUUUGCUAUUAGUUACGGGGCCCGCUAAACAGAUAGCGUCACGUGUAGCGCUAAACAUGGUCUCACCUCUGUGAGGUCGAUAUUCCAAAGACUCAAAAAUAAUGGUUGAGGUGUUGAACAUGCUACACCUGUACUCUAAACGUAUUUCUAGAGCACGGUAGCACACGGUCAGUCCCUUAUUUUUAAGGAACGGAUUUUGGUGUCCCAUCUGUUGCCGUUCUGUUGCCAAAAUUCCGCGCAUGCGCAGUGCUCACAUUUUUGUUGAUUUCGUCCAGAUGGCUGAACCGCAUCUGGCGCCAUUAACUCGUGUAUAGUCAUUUUUGUGAUCAUCUGGGGGACGUACCAAGCGUGUUGAUGUCCAAAUGAAACUUUAUGAUAGCGAUACUAUCCUGGAAUACAUUUUGUACACCUCAAUGGUUACAAAAAAAAAAACAACAAA